GCAUCACAGCCACGCCAGCCUCCGUCACCGGAUACCAACGAGGAAGAAGGAGCUAAAAAACACAACAGCAGCUCUUCCUUCUCCUCCUGAUUGCACUCCUCACAUCAGACUGACUCCUCUACACCUUCAAGACUAGGACUUAUGCUCCCCCAAGCAGGAGGAGAACACCUCCAUCGUCAUGGGCAACCAGGAGGCAAAACAGAAGAGAGCAGCGGCGGCUGCAGGGAACGGCAGCUACCCAUCUCUGGAUGAAGGAUGGAGGGAGGGAGGGGGGGAAGUGACGAAAAAGGGAGGAAAGAAACACCACAGUAAGCACGGGGGAGGAGCGGGGGGGCAUGGCUCAGUACCAACGAAGAAGAAAAACAAAUCAGAGUCCAAGUCGUCCGUUUUCUCCAUCAGGAAGAAGAAGAGCAACCUGAGAGGACGAGGAGACGCAUCGUCAUCGGUCACCGGGUCGAGAGAGGACGUGUUACAGUCCAACCAUGAGGAUGGGAGUAAGACUCCCCCCCUGUCCAACGACGAGCUCGACCCUGAGCCCCCCCUUCCCGACAGGAGACCAGGCAGAGGAGGCGAGGAGGCAGGCAAGGAGGAAGGCAAGGAGGCAGGGAAGGAUGGAGGAGAGAAGGAGGCGCAGAGGAAAACCUCAACAGCAGCUACGUCCCCCUUUGAGCAAGUGGGGGUGCCGCGGGGGGGCAGCUCAGGUUCGGACACGGACAUCUACAGCUUCCAUUCGGCUGCGGACCAUGACGACCUGCUCGCCGACAUCCAACUCGCCAUCAGGCUGCAGCACCAGGGAAGGGGGGGCUGGGGGGGAGGAAAUGGGGGGAGGAAACAGAGUAAUGGAGGAGUUAAAUUUACCCCCGAGCCGGUUGACCUCACCCCCGAGUUAGAGUUGGGAUCUGACGCCCUGUCCUUUCUGGAGACCAGACCCCCUCUCACUGACCCCCCCUCACACCCAGGACCCCCCCUCACUCAACCCCUCUCUGACACAGGAGCCCCUCUACCUCACCCCCCCUCACAAACAGGACCCCCGCCUGUCUCUGUGGACCCCCCCUUUCUCAUGGAGGUGCAGGAGAGGAGUGGGGAGGAGUAUCAGGGGGAAGGGGGGAGAGAAGCCCCUCUUUGUACUGUUACAAAGGACCAGCAUGCUUUGCUACAGCAGUUCCCUCACACAGGGGUUGCCAUGGAUACAGCAGGGGGGGCAGCAGCCAGCAUGGUCUCCAUGACGACCAGCGGUAACAGCCUCCCUGACCUCCUGUUUGAUGGUACUGAGAGACCCUCAGGGGAGGAGGGGGAGGCAGGACAAGAAACCAUGCAGGAGGAUCAGGGGCAACCGGAUGUGGAUCUGAGCGGGCCGGAUGUGGAUCUGAGCCCCCCCCCAAAAGGUCAGAGCGUUGGGUGGAGCUUUGAGUGUGGUGGAGGUGAUGGGGGUGAUGGGGCUGAGGUCUGUGAGGAAGGGGGGGAUCUGCUUGACUCGGGUACCAGUGCAGAGUCUCUGGAGGACUACCUGAGUCCUUUAUCUGACCCCGCCCCACUCUCUCAGAGUAGGAGAGGCUUCCUCCUCCCCCAGGGAAGCCCCCCCUUGGCCAAAAGCCUCCUCAGGUCCUCCCAUGCUCCCUCUUCCUCCUCCUUGCCAGGGGUCAAACCUUACCCCCCCAUCUUCCCCUCCUACAUUAAGACCACCACCCGCCAGCUCAGCUCCCCUGGGGUGUCCCCUGCCCUCUCCCCCUCCCACAGCCCAAUCUCUCCCCGCAGGAUUCACCAUCACCUGAGCAGGUUGGUGAGUGGGGCUCAGACCACCAGCAGGAGGCGCUCUCGCAGCCUGGCCAGCUCUCUCAGUCGUUCAGCUGAUUGGACGGAGGAGCUGGAGAGGAGGAUGAGGAGCAGAGAGGAGGAAGGAGGAGGAUCAAGAGAAUACCUGCUGACCUUUAGAGGAGGAGGUGGAGGCAGUCAACCGCUGUGCUCCACCAGGAGGUCCUCCUGUGGACAGGUGUGCUCCUCCUUCCAGGACGUCUUUACAGGGCGCACCCUGCUGGAGAAGUUGUUCCUGCAGCAGCAGCAGGAGGCGGAGCCUGAGGAGGCGGAGCGACUGUGUUCAAGGAUUUUGGCGAUGGGUCUAUUGUUGCCGUUCACUGAUUGCUUUAGAGAGCAGCUGGGAGGAAGCCCCGCCCACAUCAGCUCCACGGCACCAACCAGGUUUGAUCAUGAGCAGCUGUACACCUGGGCCGCUGUCAAUCAGCCUACUCAGAUUCUGGAUCACCUGAUUACAGUGAGACCAGGACCAGGAGAGACCAGGACCAGACUGAAGUCUACAGAGACAGCAGAGGACGGUCUGGAACACACGGCGGCCAUGUUGGAUUUGAAGCAGCAGCAGGAGAGUCAGGAGAAGGAGAGUUUGGUGUCGUCGUCCAAACUGAAGGAGAAACAUGUGAAUGUCAUCCAGCAGCUUGAACAAACCAUCGAAGAUCUCAGGACUAAGAUCGCUGAGCUAGAGCGACAGCCCCCCCUGCUGGACAGAGACACAAUGACAGUACCACCCUCCACCACUGACAGGGAGGUUGGGGGGGAGGAGGGACUGAUGAGGGCACUGUGUGACGCUCACCUGCAGACCUCCACCCCAGACCUCCUGGAGGCCAAAUCAGUGCAGACCUCCCCUCUGGACGAAUGCUUCAAAGUGCCUUUUACUAAGGGGGGCGGAGUCAGCAGCUCUGAGCCACCCCCACCUCCGCCUCCACUAGAGGGCUUCAGGUGUUCAUGUCAGAUGCAGCCUACUCUGGUCCCUCCCCCUCCUCCUUUACCAGGAGACUCAAUCCCACCUCCUCCUCCUCCUACAAUACCUGUAGGUACAGCAGGUCCUCCACCCCCACCUCCUCCUCCCCCACCCCUUCCUGGAGGCCUUGCUCCACCCCCACCUCCUCCUCCUCCUCCUCCACCCCUUCCUGGAGGCCUUGCUCCACCCCCACCUCCUCCUCCUCCUCCUCCUCCUCCACCCCUUCCUGGAGGCCUUGCUCCACCCCCACCUCCUCCACCCCUCCCUGGUGGCCUAGCCCCACCUCCUCCUCCAUUACCAGGAACAGGAGGCCCUCCACCUCCUCCACCCCCUCCAGGCUGUGGUCCUCCACCACCACCUCCUCCACCAGGAGCGGUCUUUGCUCCUCCUGGCUCUCUGGGCUUCCUGCCUCCUCCUCUCCCGAUGGGGUUGUACGCUCUGGGUGUGCCACAGGAGAAACCCCCCAGAAAGGCGGUGGUGGAGCCCCCCCGACCGAUGAAGCCACUAUACUGGACUCGGAUCCAGCUUAACACCAAAAAGGAGGUUUCUUCUUCAUUGGUAUGGGAGACCAUCGAGGAGCCUGACAUGGACUUUGAGGAGUUUGCAGAUUUGUUUUCGAAAUCAGCUGUUAAAGUUAAGAAGCAGCCGCUGUCGGACACCAUCACCAAGUCCAAAGCCAAACAGGUAGUGAAGCUCCUGAACAACAAGCGCUCUCAGGCUGUCGGAAUCCUAAUGUCCUCUCUACAUCUGGACAUGAAGGACAUUCAGCACGCCAUACUGAACUUGGACAACACAGUGGUGGACCUUGAGACGCUGCAGGCUCUCUAUGAAAAUAGGGCCCAGCAGGACGAACUGGACAAGAUAGAAAAGCACAUCAAGUCAUCCAAAGACAAGGAAAAACCUCUGGACAAACCAGAGCAAUUCCUCCGCCAGCUCUCCCUGAUCCCAAACUUCUCUGGACGAGUAUUCUGCAUCCUCUUCCAAUCCAGCUUCUCAGAGUGCAUGUCAUCUAUAACCAGAAAACUGGACACGUUACAGAGAGUGUGCAAGGCACUGCAGGACAGUGAGACGGUGAAGCGGAUUCUGGGUCUGGUUCUGGCCUUUGGGAACUAUAUGAAUGGAGGGAAUCGAACCAGGGGCCAAGCUGACGGAUUCUCACUCGAUAUACUGCCCAAGCUAAAGGAUGUGAAGAGCAGUGACGGCUUGAGGAGUCUGCUCUCCUACAUCGUGUCUUAUUACCUCCGACACUUUGACCAGGAUGCUGGUAGAGAGACAUGUGUGUUUCCUAUCCCGGAGCCUCAUGAUCUGUUUCAGGCAUCUCAGAUGAAGUUUGAAGAUUUCCAAAAAGAUGUGAUCAGACUGAGGAAGGACCUGAGAGGUGUACACACACACACACACACACACACACACACACACACACACACACACACACACACACACACACACACAUUGAUCAUUUUUUUGGAUGGUCUGAUUAUGAUUUGUGUGCUGUGUGUGUGUGUGUUUGUGUGUUUCCUCUCAGUGUGUACAUCCGAGGUAGAGAAGGUGUGUAAGGUGUCAGAAGAGGAGAAUCUGCAGCCUUUUAAAGAUAAGAUGGAUGACUUCCUCGCACAAGCUAAAAGUGAGCUGGAGGCUCUGGAGGCUCAGCUCAGCAGCACUCACUCUCUAUUCCUCGAGCUCUCAGUUUCCUUCUCUGUGAAACCGAAGGCCGGAGAGAAAGAAGUUUCUCCGAACACGGUGUUCAGCGUCUGGCACGAAUUCUCCUCCGACUUCAAAGAUCAGUGGAAGAAAGAAAACAAAGUGAUUCUCAAAGAGAGGUGAAAAACA